AUGGCCUACGAAGGCUGGUGGUGUUAUACUGAUGGCUCUUGGAAAGAUACAUAUCUUUUAACGGGAUUAGGAUGGUACUUCUUUAAAGAAGAUGCUACGGAAAGAAUAAUGGGAGCACAAAAUGUAAGACAAAGUCUUACACCUCUGCAUGCAGAAAUAGAAGCCCUCAUAUGGGCUAUGCACUGUAUGCUCGAAAACCAGAAGAUGGAAGUAGCUUUUGCAACAGACUGUUUGGAGUUGGUGAAGAUGGUGUCUACACCCAAAGAAUGGCCAGCUUUUGAUCUACAUUUGGAGGAGAUUAGGAAAAUGAAGGACAAGUUCAGUUUCUUCCUUAUAUCACAUAUCCCACGCGCAAAAAACUCGAAGGCGGACAACCUAGCAAGAAGUGCUCGUGUCUACCCUCAAGACGUCAUUUAUGUAAACUCGGUACCACCGGUUUGGAUAGCCGAACCGUUUUAG